GUUAUCUUUGUGUCCAUCAGAAGCCGAGUCAUCUCCGGGCAGCACAGAACACCAGAGGUUGCAACUGCCGAGGGCCACAACAAGGCCGUGUCCUGGAUCGCCAUGAGUUCUCCCGAAGAGACCAGUGACCACCCAUCUUUGUCCGUUGCGAGGACCGUUGUCUGUGCAAUCCUAGGAUUAUCAUUCGCCGUUGGAGUCCCUGGGAACUCCUUUGUCAUCUGGACCAUCUGUGGACAAAUGAAGGAACGGACUCCCACAGUGGUGCUGAUCCUACACCUGAGCAUCGCAGACCUCCUGGUUCUCGUGACCAUGCCCCUCUGGAUUUACUCUUUUGCCAGCGCUUGGACUUUCGGGAUUGUUGCCUGCAAAGCCUUGGCCUUUGUGGUUUACUGCAGCAUGUACGUGAGCAUCUUCCUCAUCACAGCCUUGAGCCUCGAACGCUUCCUGGCCAUCUCCUACCCCUUUGCUGCUCAGCGAUGGAAGAAGAAGACAACCACCCCCCUGGCAGUCUUCCUCAUCUGGUUUCUCUCCAUCGCUUUUGGUGCAACCAUCGUCCCAUUUCAGGAGAUGGUGGACACAGAGGGGGGCCUCCAAUGUGCAGCUCGCAGCUAUGACAAUAACUCUCAGGAGGCUGCCUGUCUCCUCCUGGAGACGGUGGUGGGCUUCAUCCUUCCCUUCGCCAUCAUCUCCACCUGCUACGCCUGCAUCGGCAGAAGAAUCGGGAGGAUGACUUGCCCUUCCAAGAGACGAUCCGCAAGGUUGAUGGCAUCCGUGGUGAUCGCCUUUGGCCUCUGCUGGUUCCCACAUCAUGUCUUCAACUUGCUAAGUGUCGCUUCACUUCUGACAGAGGACCCGCAUCCGGAGGCCUCCCAGGCGCUGGGGAGGGUUGCAGAAAUGGGGGUCUACAUCGCAAGCUCAGUGGCGUUUAUCAGCAGCUGCAUCAACCCUCUCCUUUACGCCUUUGCUGCCAGGAAUGUCCGCAGCAGCGCCAGGUUCACCAAGUUUUCCAAACUUUUCGAGCAAAUCAACCCCGUGUCAAGGCAGGAAUCCCCAAAAGAAACGCCUUACCCAAAUGAGCAAGAGAAAACAACUAGCAUGGAGAUUAUCUGACACUGGAGUAGGCAAAGGGUGGCCCUCCAGGUACGACUGGACUGCAACUCCCAUCAGCCACAGCCGGCAUAGUGCCAAGAAAUGCUGGGCUUUCCUAACCAGCAACAUCUCAGGGGCAUCUUGUCCAGCGUUGAUCCAAGACGAGGGAACAGAGGCCGUGAGGAUUGUCCAAAGUGGGACAAGAUUCCUUCGGCUCUAACGGGCCAACUACCUCUGCUCCUCCCAUUCCUUCGGAUUUUAGGACACGGAAAUCUAAGGAUGGGCCCUUGUGAUGUGAUGGGGUUGGGGUGGACCUUUUUAAUGAGGUGAAGCCCUUAGCAGUACCCACAGCAAAAUGUAGGGAUUACACCAAACAAACGGAGAGACUCUGGAAUGAGUUUAAAGGCCAGUGUUUGAAUUUCUUUAAUAGUAGCAGCAGCCAGUCUAUUUUUUUAAAAUUAAUUUGAUUUAUUUAACAGGAAAAAAGAAACAGAAAAAAAAAGAAUGCCAUCAAACUAUACAGCUAAACAAUACAUAACAUGACUAAAUA